AUGGGUAGACGACCUGGUAGAGCUGCUGCUAAAAACGCCGCUGCUGCAUUGAAAAAUACACCACAAACGUACGAUGACCCCGAAGAUGAUUCCAUAAUGGAUGCACCGCCAUCUGACCCCGGUACUCCUCCCGAACACGAUGAAGAUGAAAAUGAAGAGGAGGAGGAAGCCAUCGAAUCAGAAGUCGAAGAAGAAGUUGUUCCAGCCACUCCCGCUCCAGAAACCACCAUUCGUAAGAAGCGUCUAGGUAGACCUCCCAAGAUUAAACCUCCAGGAUGGGAUUUAGAUGAUGGAACUACUUCCGAGGCACCUACGCCAAGUCGAGGAAGAGGUAGAGGAAGAGGAUUUAGAGGUGUUGAUAAAGAGGGAAACAUGAUGGACGUUGUGAAUGAUGAAGUGGAAUUACCUGAGGAUGCGGAAGGAGAGAAAAAGGUCGAUAAGCUUGGUUAUCUACAAGAUGGUCGGGAAUAUCGUUGCAGGACUUUCACGGUUCAUGGAAGAGGAAAGAGACUUUAUAUGUUAUCUACCGAACCGGCACGUUGUGUAGGAUUCAGAGAUAGCUAUCUUUUCUUCGCGAAGCAUAAGAGGUUGUUUAAGAUUAUUAUUGAUGAGGAGGAGAAGAGGGACAUGAUCGAACGAGAACUCAUUCCACAUUCUUAUAAGGGAAGAGCUAUUGGAAUUGUUACGGCGAGAUCAGUUUUCCGCGAAUUCGGCGCCCAAAUUAUUGUUGGAGGCAAGAGAAUCACAGAUGAUUAUGAGGUUACGAAAGCAAGGGAAGAGGGAGUUGAAGAAGGUUCUUUGGCUGAUCCAAAUGAUGCAAUCAAGGAUGGAGAAGCAUAUAACAAAAAUCAAUACGUCGCAUGGCAUGGAGCGAGUUCCGUAUAUCAUUCUGGCCAACCCACUGUCCCACAACAAACCGGAAAGAUGAUUGAUGGCAAGAAGAGAAAGAUUAUGGUUAAUGAUGUCAAUUGGAUGCUGGAACAUGCUCGAGAAGCUAGUCGAUUUAACUCCGCAAUCUCAGCAGCUCGUCGUCAAAACCUGAACGGUAUCUACGAUCCCCACACAAAUAUCAUGCAAUACCCACGAACCAUGCAGCCGACCCAUGCCCGCUGGGAACAAAUAAACGACAACGAGCCACAAUCCCCGUCUGCAGAAUCAUCAACACUCUUCCCACCAGUCAAGCCAUUCUUUUCCAGAAAUCUCAUGAUAGUAGAUACAUACAUGGAAUCCUCACCAUCAACACAUUACGGCGUCCCAGGUCCAGAUGGUGCGGGUUGGGAUUUGAGCGCGGGCGGAAAAUCAAAUGGAAGUGCGGGAGACAAUUUGAUCGGUAUGGAUGGCUUAAGCGGAGUUAGUAAAGAUGUACUUGACGUAUUGCCCGAAGAUUGUAGGAGAGCUUUUGAGGAAGCUAGAGAGAGGGAGAGGGAAUGGAAGGGAAAAUGGGGAUCGGAAGUUGUAGAUGGAGGAAGGAGAAGUGUUAAAGUUGACAAAGGAUUGAUUUUGUGA